UGACUUAAUUUCCUAAUAAAAAAAAAAAACACCUUGGCAUUAUAAUCCAAAGUUUCCCACUUCAUUUUUUUUAUAAUAAAGUUGAAAAAAAUAAACAACUAUCAAAAAAAAAAAAAAAAAGUUGAAAAAAAUAAACACCAAGCAAACAAAAAUAUCUUCUCUCAUUCUCUUCAAAGACUCCAUCUUUCAAUCUCAACCCUUCAUCUCCACAAUUUUGUUUUUAAUUUUUUUCUUAUUUUUCAUUAAAAAGUAUUUAAAAGACGGUUUCUGGAGACUUCUUGGGUCUUAACGUUUACAGAAGGUGAUCAUCACCUUCUCUGUUUCCUCUCUCCUCCCUAAGCAGCUUGCAGUUUGUUGCGUGUUAAAAAAAUGUACUUUCUUUCUAAAUUUGGCAAGUAAUUUAAUCAAUUUAAAAGGGUAAUUUGGCUUUGUUUUUUUAAGGCCAAAUUUCAAUCAAAUUUGUCGACAUAAAUUAAAUCGAGAAAGAAAAGAAAGAAGAAACAAUGGCAGAUGGAAGAGAGAAAAAGAAUGAUGAUUUUUAUAAAGUACUUGGUUUACAGAAAGAAUGUACACCAAUUGAGCUCAAAAAUGCUUAUAGAAAGCUUGCAAAGAGAUGGCACCCAGAUCGUUGUUCAGCUUCUGGAAAUUCGAAGUUCGUGGAAGAAGCAAAGAUGAAAUUUCAGGCUAUUCAGGAGGCUUAUUCUGUUUUAUCCGAUGAGAGUAAGAGGUUUUUGUAUGAUGUUGGAGUCUACGACAAUGAUGAUGACGAGAACAAUCAUGGAAUGGGCGACUUUCUGAACGAGAUGGUCACCAUGAUGAGUGAACACAAACCUAAUCAGGAAAAAGGAGAAGAAAGCUUUGAACAACUACAGGAUCUGUUCGAAGAGAUGUUUCAAAGGGACGGUUGUGAGGGGUUUGAUUUAAAUUCACAGGGGGUGAAUAUAAACGCGUGUUGCUCAUCAUCUUAUGCCGGCCCCAUAGAGAAUUCAUUCAUCACUAACAAGAGAAACUCUUCAGGAAUGUUGAAUAUGACAGAAUCAACGUCGUCCUUCAAUAAUAUCAACUUUGACACUUUCUGUGUAGGGACAGAUGGAGUAUUGCAAGGGAGAUCUGAGACAAGAAAAGAGAAUAGCCGAAAGAACCCAAGGACUCGGUGUUAGUAGCCAUGACAUUCAUGGCAAUGGUGGUAAUAGUAGUAGAAGACGAUAUGGUCGGAAACAGAAAGUCGAGUCCGGCCAUGACGUGUCUUCAAACGACUUUCGGGGUAUCUCUACAUGAGGGAAAUUCCAACUGAAUUUCACUCUUAGGAAUUUGGCAUUAAGAAAUGCUGUCUAUAGAGGUUUUUGUACAAUGUCAUAUCAAAGCGUUUUAAGUUUUGGUAGCAUUUAUAUAUGUACUCCAUCUCAUCAUGUAAUAGGAUUUAGGAAUCACAAGAAAAGGGCUUCUUAUUCAUGCUGGAAUUCUUGUAAUAGAAUCUAUAUAUGCAAAUCAGAACUGUACUUCAUAUUUAUAGCACUGACUCUCUGUUCUCUUAUUAAAUUCAUUAAUUAUAGGGUCACUUUAACAUAA